CUGCCAAAAUACGUUGCUCAGGGUUUGUUUUGAUUCUGGGAUAUAUGAAAGUGCGAUUGUACAGUUUUACUUUAAAUUAAUUUGAAUAAAUAAAAUUUCGCUGAAGUGAGAUGGCUUUGGUUAGCAACAAUCUCGACCAAUGCAGCUUCUGUACUGAUACAUGCAAUGAAGAAUUUCGUCAUGUACUGGUCUCCACUCAAUACCAAGAGCAGAAGUUGAAAACUAUACUACAGAAAUUUAGCAGUUUCCCUUCGCAUUUGAGCAGUUAUCCUACGUGUGACAAAUGUCACCAAGAAUUCAUAUCCGUCCACAACAUUCCCAAGAGCUGCUUUCAAAUUUUAUCCAUCGCCGAACCGACUGUCAUCAAGACGGAACCAGAGUUAAUGAUAGAUGACCACGAACUGUCCAAUCAUGAGAACAUUUCAGAGACAGACUCGACAGCGGACUUUGUGCCAAUUGAACAGGAAGACGAAAUACAAAUCGCGGCAGAAAAAGUGGAGGGGUUCUCCAUCAAGGAAAUGAAUGAACACGACGUGGAUGAAGGAAAGAAUCCGCUUAAAUGUGAAAAGUGUGGAAAAACAUUUCACACAAAAUACAGACUCAAACUUCACGAACUAAUUCAUACAGAUGGGCGUCCCUAUUCUUGUCCAACUUGUUCGAAUGCGUUUAAAUAUGAGACAACGCUCAAACGACACAUUCUUUCUCACACUGAUAAUCCUUCCUAUUGUUGUCCACAUUGUCCGAAAGCGUUUUGGAAUCCUUCAACACUCAAACUUCACGUUCGUUCUCAUACAGGUGAACGUCCCUUUUCUUGCCCAAGCUGUCCAAAUGCGUACGGAGACCGUGGAGCGCUGAAGCGGCACAUUCGAAGUCAUACGGGUGAACGUCCCUAUUCGUGCCCACAAUGUCCCAAAGCAUUUACGGAAAGUUCAGUGCUCCAACAGCACAUUAAAACUCAUACGGGUGAACGUCCCUAUUCAUGUCCACAUUGUCCCAAAACAUUUCCAAAUUCUUCACUGCUUCAAAGGCACAUUCGAUCUCAUACGGGUGAACGUCCCUUUUCAUGUCCACAUUGUUCGAAUGCGUUUAUGGAUCCUGCAACGCUAAAGCGACACGUUCGAAUUCAUACUGGCGAACGACCCUAUUCGUGUCCACUUUGUCCCAAGGCAUAUUGUCAUUCUUCGCCGCUUCAAAAGCACAUGCGAGUUCAUACGGGUGAACGUCCCUAUUCCUGUCCACAUUGCUCGAAAGGGUUUAUGGACUCUGCAACUCUAAAGCGGCACAUUCGAGUUCAUACGGGUGAACGUCCCUAUUCGUGUCCACAUUGCCCCAAAGAAUUUAAGCGCAAUUCAACUCUAGUAAUACACCUAAGUACUCAUGAUAACGAUAAAACCGGCUUGGAGCAGAAAUCACAGGUAACUGUGAAGGAAGAGAUAACUGAAUAAUCCAUGUCGUUGAAAGCGAUUGCAAAAUAAAUUGAGUGAGUUGUGUACAUAGGAUGAAAUCAGACAUUUACAAAAAAAAGAAACCAAACAGCUAUGA